AAACUUGCCUCGUUUUUUGAUAGUAGCGUUAUGUCACCAGCAGUGUGUCAGUAAUGUUCAACAAAUAGUCGAUUUCUAAUUUUUGUUUUAUAAUCAUUGAAGAUUUUUGCGAUUACCAGGCCCUUAUCUCGCACGAUAAAAUACAGUUGGUGUGAGUCAAACAUUUACGCAAUUCAUUGCCAAUAUCGACACAGUGACAAAUGAAAGUUUUGUGAAUUCAGUGGAAUUUCAAACUGAAAUUAUGUUUCGGAAAGUUGUAACGUCGUCAAAAUACCUGCUAAGAAAGCCUCUCGUACCUGGUCUACUUAGGACCGAUUGCAGUGUAACGAGAAUAAAUCACACGAAAUUCAUAUCAGUAGCAGUGCCGAAACAGCAGAAAGAGGAAGUCACGGUCACAUUCAUCCGAGCGAAUGGCGAACGAAUUACAACUAAAGGAAAAAUCGGCGAUCAUUUGCUGGACGUGGUCGUAAACAACAACAUCGAUCUGGAAGGAUUCGGUGCAUGCGAGGGUACACUGACAUGCUCAACAUGCCAUUUGAUUCUCAAACAAGAAGAUUUCGAUCGACUGCCGGAGAAGGCUGGCGACGAAGAAUUGGAUAUGCUCGAUUUGGCAUAUGAUUUAACGGACACAUCGCGAUUGGGAUGUCAAAUAACGCUAACGAAGGAGCUGGACGGAUUAGAAGUUAAGGUUCCGGCAACGAUUAACGAUGCGCGUAGUUAACGAUGCGAGAUGUAUGCUUGCAGGGAUGUUAACGGAAUUGAAUCGAAUUGAAGCAAUUUUUGAGUUGGUGUCUAUGAGACGUGACAAACACAGGUGUUCAAAAUAUUGUUUAUGGUUCGGUUCAGAACUUUUCUUUUUUAAUUAAAUAAAUUGCCUAGGUGAAUUUUAGCCACUGAAUCAAAUGCUACUUAUACUUAAACAGUUUACAUUCAAUUGAGCGAAAUAUAUUUACUGAUUUUGUUAA